GGAAAGAUUGCAACACAAAAGAGCAGGGGAAUAUGGGAGGGGGAAGAAAUUCACCUUGCCUUGGGAAUCUCGCCGAUUUACGGCAGAAGUGAGCGGGGCUGGGCACAGCUCGGCCGGGAGCGCGGGGGGAGCGCUCACCUUCCCUCGCUGCGGGCAGGGAAUCUGCCCCACUGUACUGGGAAGACUUUGAGAAACUCAUCUUUUACCGCUCCCCGAGGACCCGAGGCGGAUUUGUGUCUGUCUGCAGCCCCGGAUUUGUGUCUGCAGCCCCGGAUUUGCGUCCCCGAUGCGCGGCCGCACCUGGCUGGGCGCUGCGCUCGUCCUUGGGGCGCAGCUCCGAGCGCUGUGGCUGGCGGCAGCCGUGGAGGUUCACACCGCCAAGGAGGUGGUGGCCGUGAACGGGACCAACCAGCGGCUGAAAUGCACCUUUUCCAGCAGCAGCCCCGUGGGCCAGCAGCUCUCAGUGACCUGGAACUUCCAGCCCGAGGACCUGAGCCCUCAUGAGCCGGUAUUUUACUACCUGAAGGAGCCCUACAAGCCCCCCUCGGGGAGGUUUAAAGAACGAGUCACCUGGGAUGGGAACGUUGAGCGCAACGACGUUUCCAUCAUCAUCUGGAACCUGCAGCCCAGCGACAACGGCACCUUCACCUGCCAGGUGACAAACUGGCCCGAUGUCUACGGCACCAUCGGGGAGGUGCGGCUCCGGGUUGUGCAGAAAGUGAGCUUCUCAGAGAUCCAUUUCCUGGCCGUGGCCAUCGGAUCUGCCUCUGUCCUGAUGAUCAUCGUGGUGAUAACCGUGAUCAUCUGCCGGCAGCACCGCAGGAAAGCGCGAGCCAAGAGGACGGAGGUGGCAGACACCGAGGGUAAAGAAAAGGAGAGCCUGAAGGUGGGGGAAGAAAAGGAACCCAUUCCACUGGAAGAUUAAAGGUCUUUGCUGGUGCACACAAUGCAGGUGCUUCCAAAGCAGCCGGUGAAAGCUUGUAAUUUGGGGUGCUAGAACAAAGCUGGAUUACAGACGCCCCACGCUGCCCGUGAGCCUCUGCUCAGCCUGAAAGCCUUGCAUGGAAAGAGGGUGACUUUGCAUGAGCUGUGAAUUCCCUCCGGUGAAGCAAAGCUGGAGGAUCCUGCCCCAUGAACAAAGAACUUUCCUUCAUCUUCUCACCUCUGGAAUGUGAGCACGGCUUCUCUGGGAGAUGAAAGUGCCAAGACUGACUGAGCAGAGGGCUGGGAGGUGUUUGAGCAGACGCACUCUUGCACCUUAGAAACCACAACGUGCCUUUGUGUUGCCCUGUUUUUAUUCCCUGAGAAUCCUCCCUGACACCCUGAGAAGGAAGACCGAGCAGCGAGGUCUCAGCUGGUACCACAAACGUCCUUGGAAUCCCUUUUCUACAUUAGAUGGACAGUGUUAGAGCUGGCGAGGUGUGCUGUUUGUUGUCAGGGACAACAUUCACCAGCCAGGGUGGUUUGCACAUCCAUGUCUGGCAGCUUUGGGAGAUUUUGGGGCUUAAAGAGACUUUUCUGCAGCUGUUCCCAUCCCCACUCUCAUUAUCCCAACAUUCCCCUCUGUUCCCAAGAACUGGAACCCACAGAGCUCUAACGGUGUCCAGCCAGCCCCAAAACAAUUCUGUUACAGUAUUUACCCAGCCCCAAAUCAAAGCCUUGCCCUGUCUGUUUGUAGAGUGUCUUUAUGGCUUUAUAACCUGUGCUGUGCCAGCCACGCUCCCUGGCUGUUACCUGUCUGUCUGUUUUUGUUUUCACUCACCUGUGUUGUAAAUAAAGGGCCUUGCUGAGA